AUGCAAGUUAACAUAUAAGAGAAGAUAAAAUAUUUUCAUAAAAGAUUAUUAAAUAAACAAUUUAAAAUGAUAAAUGCUAGCAAGAGAUAAAUUUAUUUGAAAAUAAAGAAAUAUGCUUGGUAGAGAAGCAAACUAAAAUUUCAAAAAUUAGCAAUAGUCAUUAAAAGCUUUGUGCAUAAGGAGUAAAACAUUUAGAACAUAACAAGGAUAGCUUAUAGAACUCAUUAAUAAAGGAUGUUAAGUCUGAAAAGCAUGUAUUUAAUUUAUUUUUAAUAAAAUUAAAAGCAAAAAAUUUAUAUAAUUUAAUAUAAUUUAAAAAAUUAAAAGAUUUCAAAGCAUCGUUUUUCUUUAUCUAAUCGCUAUUCAAAUACUGCAUUUGUAUCUGAUUAAAGUGAAAUUAUUUCCUACAAGGGUUUUGGACUAAAUUUUUGUGAAGAAGAUCUGAGCAUACUGCAAAAUAUUGAUUCUUCUAAAAAGAAAAAAAAUAAUUCAAAAAUUAUAAAAGCUAACUAAAUGAAUUAUUUACCAUAUGCGAGUAAUUAAAACUUUAAUUUGUAAAGCUAAGAUUAGAGUAAGUGUAAUUAAUAAUAUGAUCAUAAUGAAGAUCAUAAUUAAUAAAUAAUAUACUGUUAAUUUAAUGAUUAUGAUCAAUAAUAUGAAGAAGUAAGCAACAAAUUUAAAUAAAAUUUAAAUAAAAAUCAAUAAAAUUUAAUAACUUUGCUUAAUAAAGAUCAUCUAAACUAAUAAAUUACCUAAAAAAAUAAAGAAGAUUAAUAAAUUUAAGCUAAUUUAACUAAAUUAGGAGAUAAUCUUAAACAAGAAAACAAUAAAGCUAAUAAUGAAAAUCAAAUCGUUUGUUUUAAGUUAAAAUAAAAAAAUUAAAUUUCUCAUGAUAGUUCUCAACCAACAGAAGUUACUAAUGCUUAAAAUAUUUUAGAAAAUAUAUUUAAAGAAAGCAUGGGUAAGAAUGACCAAGGAUAAACUGAAAUUUAGUAAGAUGAGGAAACUUAUGUUUAAAAAAAAGAAAAAAUUAUCAAAUUGCAAGUUAAACAUUAGAAUAAAGAAUUAUUUUUGUAAUUUAUAUCUGCAGAUGUCAUACUGUAAAAUAGAAAGGUUGAUACUGUAGCUUUUGUUAUAGUCUAAGAUGUUUGGGAAGAUUUAUAUAUGAAAAAAGUUGAAGAAAUUUAGUAGGAAAAAAUGAAAAUUUUUGGAAGUUUAUCUCAUGAGUUAAGAACUCCACUUAAUUGCUCUAUCUCUAUGCUGGAAGUGUUAAAAGAUGAAAUGUAAGAGAUAAAUCCUUAAUAUAUCACUGAUUAUUUGAAUCCUGCUUUGUUUUCUAAUAAACUUUUACUUAAUUAAAUAAAUGACAUUCUUGACUUUGUUUAAAUGGAUAAAGGAAAGUUUAAGUAUUCGUUUUAAGAAUUCAAUAUUUUAAAUCUACUUAAUGAUUGUUAAAAGUUAGUUAGUAUUUAAGCUUAAAUGAAAAAUUUGUAAAUUAGAAUCAAUAUUGAUAAAGGAAUGCCUGAAUAUAUUUGCUCAGAUCCAAACAGAAUAAGAUAGAUUCUUUUGAAUUUCCUAUCUAACUCUUUGAAAUUUACUAAACAAGGUUACAUUGAAAUAAAUUUUUCAAAUUUCGAUAAUGGUGUUUACAAAAUAGCAGUUUAAGAUACAGGCAUAGGUAUUAAGCCAGAAAAUUUGAAGGAAAUAUUUUAAUUUUGUGCCAAGAUAAAUUACAGUAAUAAAGAUGAAUUGCUGAAUUCUUAAGGAUGUGGACUUGGCUUAUACAUUUCUAACUCUAUAGCAAAAGGAUUAGUGAAAAAUGAUAAAUUAAACAGCGGUGUUUCAGUAGAAUCCGACUAUGGAAAAGGAUCAGUAUUUAGCUUUCUUGUUUAGGAUUAGAAUUAUAUAGAGCUAUUUUCUCGUUUUAGUUAAGUGCAAGUCGAAGCAACGAAAAUGUCAAUAAGAGCCUUUUCAAAAUAGAUUGAUGGAUCUUCUAAAAAUUCUAUGCUAACUUCUGCUAAAAAAAGUCGAAAUAAUAAUAGCUAGAAAACUUAAAAUUAAAUGGUGAAAAUUUUAAAGUAAAAUGCUACUUAACAUUCAUUAAAUGAAUAAUAUACUUAAGAUUAAGAUGAGUAGAGUAAAAAUGAUAGCUUUUCACUAAAAAUUCAAGAUUAAAAAGACGAAAUUAAUAACCUGUCAGUAUAAUAAAAAAAUGAAGAGCAGUUUGAUUCUUCUAUCUUGGUAGAAUUAGAUGAGCAAACGGACUCAAAAAUAUGCUCAUUUUCUCCUAAUUUCAUUAAAUAAAACAAUGUUAAAUUUUAAGAAGAAUAAGAUUAAAAUAACAAAAAUUCUUUAUUUGGAUUCUUAAAUAAAUCUAAUUCAGUCAAAAUAAAUUAAUCAGAUCAAAAUAAAUAAGCAGAAUUAUAUAAAAAAUCAACUUUUGACUAAAUGUAAACUUCUAAUAAAAGCAGCAAUUAUGAACAAAGUAUUUAAGAAUAACAAAAAUCUUUUACAAAUGAUGAUAGGAUUUUAACUGAUUCUAAUUUAAGCUAAGAAACUAGUAAAAAUAUUAAAUUUUCAAAAAAUAAAUCUAAAUAUUAAUCAGUUUCAUCUAUUAAGUACGAUUAAAAGCAUGAAGGAUUUACAUCAUAUACUCCUUUUAAUAAAUUAAUUGAAAAUCAAAUGAGUUCAUAAAAUAAUAUCGCUUCUAGCAGCAAAAAAAUAGUAAAAUUUGUUUAAUCACAAGUUAAAAUAAACUCUUUAUCGAAUGAUUAAUACUUCAGUCAAUGCACACUGGAAAUAGCUAAUCCCUAGUAUGUUAUAGAUUAGAUUAUUUUAAAUAACAUAUCGAAAUAAAAAAAGUGUAAUUGCCCCCAGAUUUUAAUAAUAGAUGAUAAUUAGUUUAACAUUUAUGCUUUAUCAAAAACUAUUGAAACAUUCUAAUUUUAAACUCAUUCUAUUUCAGACAGUUUGGAGGUUUUGGAUUAUGUAAAAGAUAUUUUUCACUAAAACUGUUGCCUUUAUCCUAAAAUAAUAUUUAUGGAUAUUGAAAUGCCAUUUAAAAAUGGUUAUUAGCUCUCUGUUGAAGUUAAUUAAUUUUAUAAUAAUGUUUAGCUUAAAUAGUUACCUGUAAUAAUAGCAUGCACAGCCUAUGUAGGUCAAGAGGAUAAUUAAAAAGCAAUAUAGGCAGGGAUGAGUGAUUUUAUUAACAAACCUUUACUAAAAAAUGCCUUUUAGUAGCUUAUUUUAAAUUGGCAAGAUUUAUUUUUAUGA